UUUAUUGAGUUCAAUCGUGUAAACGAGUCUAGUUGCAAGUUCAGGCGGCAAAGGUCGGGCAAACGGCAGCCAUGGCGGGUCCUCCCAGUCUCAGUGGCCCCAUUAAGAUGAAAGUCGCCAUCGGAAGAAGCCCCGGAAGAGGUGCAGCAGGUCUACGCCACAAACUGAGUAGAUUGACUGAGUCAGUCAGCUUUGAAAUUGAAGUUUCAAUCGUCGGUAGAUAUAUUAGGUCUUCUUUUGUCCAUUUCAUUACAAGGAUUAUUCAUGUUGUCCGUCCCUGUCUUGGUUUGAAAUCAUUGGAUGAAAUGUGGAAAUAUUGGCGAGAAAUCCGAGCUUUAAAUUUCUGUUGGAUUUGUGACUGUGACGGGAUAAGCCAUGGCCUUGGGAAUGGAUCUUCUUCGAACUUUCGUUCCUCUUUUGUUACUUUAUCUAAGAAAAAUACUCUCGAAUUGUAGGAGAUGGUAAGGCGAAGAAGAAAAACAUAGGAAAGAAGCUGCUGUACAUGAACAAGAUUUAACAUUCAUCUGAUUUUACUACCAAGUAACGAUCAACUUGUCUCCUCAUAAUGUCGUCGGUCGAUUACUCACCAGAUACGAAUAGCAGCAGCAAUUCUAGCACAACUGCUACCUCUGUAGGAGUGACCUUGGUGAUUUUUAUUGUCAUUGGUGUAAUCUCUUGCUGCUUUGCUAGGAAAGUUAAGCAAUGUAUUGUCACAGAGUUGCGAAAUGCAGUUGCUUCAUCUGCAUCAAAUGUGGCACAUUCAUCUGCCCCAUAUGCAGUUCCGGUUUGGGAAAUCGAUCAACCGACAAUGGAAAAGUUCAUCAAAGAAAUGGCGGAACAGAGGGCUAUAAGGUUCACUGCUCACCAACUAUACUAUUUCACAGGCAAUUAUUCGACACCACUCGGUGCGGGAGGAUUCGGUACGGUCUAUAAAGGAGAGUUCCCAAAUGGAGUGAAGAUUGCGGUGAAGGUUUUGAAGAGGAACUCGGACAAGCAGGCGGAGGAGCAAUUUAUGAAUGAGGUAGGAACGAUCGGGAAAACUUACCAUAUAAACUUGGUUAGGCUUAAUGGGUUUUGUUAUGACCAAUAUAUGUGUGCACUGGUAUUUGAGUACAUGGAAAAUCGAUCUCUGGAUAAGUAUUUGUUUGGCAAAAGUGAAGAACUUGAUUGGAGGAAGUUACAAGAUGUAGCCAUUGGGACUGCUAAAGGUCUUGCUUACUUGCAUGAGGAAUGCCAACAGAAAGUCAUCCAUUACGACAUAAAGCCUGCAAACAUUCUGUUGGAUGAAAACUUCACUCCCAAAGUUGGUGAUUUUGGCCUUGCCAAGCUUUGCAACCGGGACAGCACACAUAUGUCGCUCACUGGUUAUCGUGGCACGCCUGGAUAUUCAGCACCGGAGUUCUUACUAAAGAACUAUCCAAUAACCCACAAGUGCGACGUGUAUAGCUUUGGAAUGGUGUUGUUUGAGAUUGUUGGAAGAAAAAGGAAUGGUGGUGUUACUGAUUCUGGGAACCCGGAUUGGUUUCCACAACAUGUGUGGGAGGCUCACGAAAAGGGUGAAUUAGUUGAAUUUGUUAGGAGAUGUGGGUAUGCUGAGGAUGAUAAAGAGGGAGUGAUUCGGAUGUGCGAGGUGGCUCUGUGGUGCAUUCAAGACUGCCCCGACAAACGACCACCGAUGAGUGCGGUGGUGAAGAUGCUUGAAGGAUUUGUAGAAAUAGUGCCACCAUCAAAGCCAUUUCUGUACUUGGAUCCAACUCCAAAAAGGAACAGUAGAGGAUCGAAUCUACAACAAACAAGCAGCAGUUCAGAUUAUUCAACCUCAAAUGAAGACAGUGCCUCAUAUUGGUACAAGAAGACUACUCCAAUAAUGAAGAAGUACGAAAUACAGAUAGAAAGUUCUUAGAAGAAGCUUAAACCCCAUCUCU